AAGUGGAUUGUUUUCUAUUAUUCUGAGUAGCAAGAGCUCAGCUCAUGCAGUACAGGGUGAUGAGGCAGUUAAGCUCUGGAGAGCAGAGAUCACUCCAGAACAACAACACAACCAUGUUCUCCACACCUCUUCUACUCCUGCUGGCAGCUGCAUCCUAUGUGCAUGGUGAAGAACUGACUCAGCCUGCUUCCAUGACAGUGCAGCCAGGCCAGAGUCUGUCCAUCAACUGCAAAGUCUCAUAUUCUGUUACUAGCUCGCACACAGCUUGGAUCCGACAACCUGCAGGAAAAGCCCUAGAGUGGAUUGGGUAUAUCCAUAGUGGUGGGGGUACAGCUUACAGUGAUAAACUAAAAAACAAGUUCAGCAUCUCUAGAGACACUGGCAGUAACACGAUAACAUUACAAGGACAGAAUCUGCAAACUGAAGACACAGCUGUAUAUUACUGUGCAAGAGACUCACAUGGAACAGGUAGAAAGUUUGAAGAGGAUCUCCAGAUUGUCCUCACCCAGUCUGAGCAGUCAGUAGCAGUCACUCCAGGUGGAUCCCAUAAACUGACCUGUGCCUGCAGUGGAUUCACUGUGGGGGACACUAACAUGCACUGGAUCCGUCAGGCUCCUGGGAAAGCACUCAAAUGGAUCAUUUACUAUUACUCUGAUUCUUACAAGAGCACAGCCCAGACACUACAGGGCAGGUUCACAGCAUCUAAGGACAGCUCUAAUUUCUACCUGCAUACGAGUCAACUGAAGCCAGAAGACACUGCUGUGUGUUACUGUGCUAGAGAGUCACUGUGCUGGGACUGA